AUGAAGCCGGCCGCCCACAACGCCGGCGUUCGGUUCGUUCUGCACGUGUCUGCUAAAGCAAGGUGGAUCAAAGGUGGAGUGGUGCCACGGUGGGCAGUACGGAAAGGACGAGCGCAAGGCAAAGUCAAGGUGAGCAAGACGGCGAAGACGACGGUGGCACGAGCGGAUGACCGGUGCGUGGCGGACCUAGCUGCGUGCGAGCAUCCCGAGCAAGCUGUGUCUUCAGGCAACAUCCCCACGGAAGUGAUCGCGGCAAUGGUGGCCGCCGGUGCCAAGGAGGCCAAGGAGAAGAGAGUCGACGGACAGGACUUGCGCGUGCUGCAGGUUGACAGUGUGCAGUCGGAGGCGUGGAGCAUGUACGAAGGCUGGGCCUCUUCGCUUGGCAAGAUCGACCCCAUGGUCCAGGCGCACUUCUUGCCGCCACCCGCGAUGCAACGCACGCCCGUGUGCCCUCCGCUGGUGCUCGGCACUGCCAUCCAGGACGAAGCCAACAGCAUCGUGUACCACUUUGCACCCCUCCACAUCGAGGACUUUGAAGAUGGCAUUCCAGCGCUGCUCGCAGCUGCUGCACCUCUCGCUGCCCCGCCAGCCCCGGUGAGCGCCCACCAUGCACAAGUGGCAGUCACAGUGCUGCUUGGUGCGAUCCGCUCCCCUGGACGGAUUUCCCAGUGA